UGAAACACCCCUAGCUGUAUAGUGUCACCGACAAGUAAGAAGUGCUCGAGGAGAGAUCAAUUAUGUAAUUACUUUCUUGUGAUACCAGGCACCGAUGUCGCAAGACCUUCUACAUCAGUGUGGCCUGGAAUCAAAAUAUUCAUAACUUGCGCCUCGUUGUUUCACUACCAUCAUGUCAAAUAUGUUAUCUGCGUAUCGGCGUGUAGCAGGUCCACGUGCUCGACAAACUCUCGCUCUAGCUAGGUAUGCCAGUACGAGCACCAAGGAAAAGUUUCGAGUGCUUGUUAUCGGAGCAGGUUCUGGUGGGUUGACUGUUGCCAACCAGAUAUACAACCGCUUCAAGGCUGCUGGAAAGCCUUUGAAUGCAGGAGAUGUGGUGGUCCUUGAUGCAGCAGACUAUCACUACUAUCAACCUGGCUGGACUUUGGUGGGUGCUGGUCUUGGCCGCAAAACAGAUUUCAGACGACCGCUCGCGUCCCUAUUCCCGCCACAUAUCAUGCACAUUGCAGAGAAUGUCAAGUCAUUCUACCCGGAAUCCUCGUCAGUUACGACAACCUCAGGUCGGACAAUUUCAUAUGAUUCGCUUGUAGUGGCAGCAGGUUUGAAGAUAAACUGGGACGGCAUCGCUGGCUUGCCCCAGGCUCUCGCUGAUCCUUCCUCUGGUGUUUCAUCAAUAUACUCCUAUGAUACUUGCGACAAAGUAUGGAACGACGUAGAUGCUCUUAGAUCCGGAAAUGCUAUUUUUACACAACCUGCAGGUGUCAUUAAAUGUGCAGGAGCUCCGCAGAAAAUCAUGUGGAUGGCCUGGGACAGAUACCAGAAAUCUGGGCGUGGAAAUAACAUCAAAAUCGACUUCAUGACUGGCAUGCCAACCAUGUUUAGCGUCAAGAAGUAUUCGGAUGCCCUAAACGCCCUGCGCAUCGAGCGGGGUAUCGGAGCAGAGUUCCAACAUAACUUAAUUUCCAUCGAUGCGUCGAACAGGAAAGCAACUUUCAAGAAGGCUGACGGUUCGACUGUGGAUCGUGAUUUCACCCUCCUGCAUGUCACACCGCCGAUGGGACCGCUAGACUUCAUCAAAGGAUCGCCCAUCGCUGAUCCAGCGGGCUGGGUAGAAGUCGAUCAGGCAACUCUCAGACAUGUCAAGCCCGAGUUCGGAAACAUAUUUGCCUUGGGUGAUUGCUCCUCCCUACCCACUAGCAAAACGGUUGCCGCCAUUACAUCCCAAGCCCCUGUCUUAACGGAGAAUUUGUUUUCGGUUAUGGACACCGGCAAAGUGAGCAGUGCCAAGUACGAUGGCUAUACCAGUUGUCCGCUUUUGACGGGAUAUGGGGAAUUGAUGCUAGCCGAGUUCAAGUAUGAACUUGUGCCCAAAGAGAGUUUUGCCAAUUACCUGGGCGAUCAAACAAAACGGAGAAGAUUAUUCUAUCACUUCAAAAAGGACCUUUUUCCUUGGGCAUACUGGAACCGUAUGGUUGACGGAAAAUGGUUCGGCCCCUCAGGACCAUUCCGUCCCAAGUUUGUGUAAUAAUGACGUUGAGGCACCUGAUGUUCCCACGUACCGGGCCUAAUUAGACGUGACAGCGGGCCCUGAUGGCAGGUCUUAGUAGACCGGUUUCUAGCUGUACACACCCAAAUGAAUAAUUAUUCAAUACUGAAGGGCCUUGGGGGGUGAAUGGAUAGUACUUGGCACUAUGAGGGGCUCGGCUACUGUGACCCGUGUGCCUGCUGCCAUAUUUAGAUGCCGGCGGCACCGGGCAUAGCCGCUGUCGAUGUCGGAACCUUUGUGCUCGCUGUGCUCAAUGGUAGCCAAUAGUUGUAUACAUUGUUUUCAG